AUGUUACUUGAAAGUGACCAACAACACGAGAGUUCAAACCUCAAUAAUCUGUAACAAUAUAAAUCUUCAAUGAGGAAUAGACGAAAAAUUUAUGAUGACAAUGAUUUUAGAGAAGUUGUCAAAAACUUUUAUAACUUAGUUUCAGACUUGAAUAAAAGUAUAAUAUCAAUACAAUCCAUCAAAGUUAGGAGAAUUUCGAAGCCCACCAUAAGAAAACAGUCUAAAUAAACUAAAUAGAGAAAUGCCAUUCCAACUAAGGAACCUCAAAACACACAAAGAGAUAUCAAUACUAAACCUGGAUUAUUUCAAACUUAACAAUACUUUAAUUGUUGUUUCAGUCAAUAAAUCGUAAGCCAAUUAAUCCCCAAUUCCAAUCAAACUAAAUAAGCUCCUGAUAUCUACGAUAAAAACAAACAAUAUCUCUAUUUCUAACGCAAUCAGACUCACAUAUAAAUUGCAUAUAACAUCUACAUUAAGAAAUUUGGUUCAUCCCUUGUUGAAAACUAGGAUCCCACUUCUAUUGCCAAAAAAGUUAUGAAUACCAACUUCAAUCCUAUUGUAAUUUUCUAUAUUAAGAACUAGUCUCAAAUUCAAGAAGAAGAAAAGCAAAGUGAGGCAUCAGAUGUAAAAUAAAAAAAUAGCGAAGAUAUCAAAUAGAAACCUCUGAAGGAUUUGGUUCGAGAGUUUUAGAGUGAUUAAUGA